GUAUUAAAGUUUUGAGAAUAUAUCCAAUUACAAAUUCAUGGGAAACUACUAACAGAAACAUUAAUCUCAUUUGCUAUAUGAUUCAGCUUUUUGUAUUAGUAUUUGGCUACCCAUUAAAUUAGUAAUUGUGUAAAUGGAUAUUAAAUAAAAUUGUUUGUUUUGAUUUUAAUGAUUUCUAGUGGUUUCUGAAGAAACAACAGUUUAAAGUAAGAGUUACGAUGGUCAUCAAAUUUAUAUUGGACGUGCGUGUACUUUCUACAGGGAGUAAAUAAAAAUCUAAUGAUGAAACGAAAUUGUAUAUUAUGCUUGGGUUUCCAGAAAACCCAUAUGAUUCUAGUAGAAAGCAGCUCCAUUUUUCAACAUUAGCCACAUAUCAAUUUUUCGAAUAUUGAUGGAAAAUAAAAUGCAUCCAUAUGAAAUGAUACCAACUCAGGAAGACUAUGUCGGUAGGAAUAAUGGUACAAAAGCAGUAAAAAAUAUGGAUAAUUUUGAUAUAUCUACCUCUCCAGGAAAAGGAAGCUCGUCAUUUAAAGAAUGUAAAACUAACGACAACACAAACGUAUCUUAUAGAAACACUGAAAAUAACAAGGUAAAAGAAAAUUUGUUAUAUAAUAGAGCAGCUACAGUAGAUCGUUUACAAAUAAACAAGAAUAGACUAUCCACAUUAACUCUAAAUACUGAUAGUGAUGGUAGAUUUAUUCAAAAUAAUUUUGGGAACGAUGUCAAUCCAAAAGAAUCUCAUCAGGGAAGUAAAAAUAAACGCCCCAUAAUGGGAAAAACGGCCUUGUUGAGAAAUAGCAGUGUGGAAUCAAAUGAUUCUGCAAUCAUUCAAAGUAUUAUACUAAAUAAAUAUGAAAAUAUUUUAAAUUACUAUGUAAGUAGAAUGUACACACGCAGGAUUUCAAGAAUAAGUAAUAAUUCUGAAGAAGAAACAGUGGCAAAUACAAAUUGCGAUGAGUGUGGAUCAAUAAAUACAUUGGACGGAUAUUCGUUCAUAAAAAAAGAUUUAAUAGGAUCCACUGAUUUUAAUAUCGAAUUUACACAAGAUAUCUCGAACGAUUCGAAUUCUUCUGAAGUAGAUGUUAUUUCUUCUUGUUCUGAAUACGACCCAAGAAGUUUUUUGGUCGAAGCACUUGGAGACGCAGCUAGUUUGAAUGAACUAAGUGCGUGUAACUGUGACUCAAACAUGGAAGCAUGUGAAGAAAGCAUUGGGACUUCAGGAAUAUCUUCUUUAUUAUCAACUACCUCUAUCGGAUCUUCUUUAAAACGAAUUUUGAAACGUAAUAAGUCAAAAUGGACGUCUCGCAGUGAUGUUACCAAAAAUGAAGAGAUUAUAUUUGAUGAAAACAAGGAUUGUCCAUCGCCUGAAAAACCUAUUUCCACUCUGGAUCAAUAUAAGUUGGAAUUAUCAAAACAACAUUCUAUUAUAUUUCAAACGUCUAAAGCUCUCAGUUACUGUAAGAGUUCAAAGAACUUUAUCGUUGGAAGAGAACGAAUAGAAGCAGAAAGAAUUUUACUUAUUGCGACUAUAACAAAACAAGCACUCGUAAAUGAAAUAAAUGUAAUAGAAUUUGAAUCAUAUGUCUCAGCUGCCGAUAGUAGAUGCACAGGAGAAAUACUGUUAUCAGAUGUUACUUUCACUCAAAACAAAGAAACGACCUCGAAAAAAUUCACAGAUUGUCAAGAAUAUUUUAUAGUCGUUCUGAAAAGUGGAAAAUACGUUUUAGAUAGUGGGAUCAUUGAAGAUAUGGAUAGAACCGUUAGUGUACCAAAAACAUUCAAAUUUUCAAAAUUACAUCAAGAUUUCGAUAUUACUAUUGCCGUCUACUCUUUACUAAUAGUUGAUGAAAACUGUGUAUAUCAGAAUGGUAAAUGCCCAUCUCCGAGAAGUAUCAUACGAUGCAACAAAAAUCUGAAAAGUAAUCCAAGGAAUACCUUUAUCCAAACAGAAAAUACUGCUUUCAAUCUAAUUGGUAAAUGCAACAUACGACAUUCAGACUUACGAAAAAUUAGUGAUGAUGGAAAUCUGCAUGUAAAAUGGGAUUAUAUUUGUUCCAAUAAUCCUCUUCUACCAUUCUUCGAUAUGAACGUCCAAUAUACUUAUAAAUUAACCAAUAAACUAACUGGAUUUCUGACAGUUGGAAUAGAAAACGGCGUAAUAACUUGGAAUAGAAGAUGGUGCAUAUUGGAUGGGUUUAUUUUACAAUACUGGAAUUACCCAUCUGAAGAAUCAACUGUUCCCAUCGACGUUGUAGAUUUGAGAUAUUGCACGGAACUCAAGAUAACAUUCGCCGAUAGAAGCGCUUGUGCUCGACCGAGAACACUGUAUUUGCCUUUGCGGGAUUAUCUAGAUAUUAAAAAAUAUUUUAUUUCUGCUGAUAAUUUAUCAGAUCUGAAAGCAUGGGAAAGUGAACUGAACUUCGUUGUUCAAUCACUUCUAAGUUGGAAUGGUUUGAAAAAUAAUAUGUAUUCCUAGAAAUUAUUUUUUUAUUUACUGAUUAGUUGUGUUAUUUUGUUUGUUAAUAGAUUUCACUGUUUUUUAUAUAGUUUAAAAUACUGGAUUAGUUUUAUAUAUGGGAUAACUCCCAUAUACUUAUUACAUAUUAAACAUUUGAAACGAAGUGACACUAUGCGAUAAUUUGUAGAAAUUUUGUUCAUCUUAACAUAUUAACGACCGAAAUUAUGAUUAUUUGGUAAAUAAUACAAAAAUGUUUUGAUUCGUAGUGUAUAGUGUAUCAGCUGUAAUACAGAGUUAUAGUUUUAGCGAAAACCAAUGGUUAUGAGAUAAAAGUCUUUACAUUUAUGAAACACUAGGAUAAUAUGCAACUUUUUAGAAUCAGAAUUGACAAGUUCACUUCGUUUAGGUGAAUAGAUUUUCAUACGAAAUUAUAAUUUUUGACAAUCACAAUCUUGUGGAUAUUAUAUUUAGCAGCUCGUAGACUACCAUAUAUAUUAAUCAAAUAUCGCUAUAGUCGUAAUACCAUCUUUAAGUUGCCUUUCAACAAUGUGAGUAAUAUUUUUGGAAUAAAGCGUUAUCAGGAUGUAUUUGUUAACCAACAAAAUUGAGUUAUAAUGUAAUUUGAAACAAAAUUAUGAAACAUGGAUAUGAACUAUUGUACCAUUCAGAAAUAUUUUCAUUUUAAUUAAUAAAAACUUUUUGGCAUAGUAGCAUUAUCGUUUUUAAAGUGUGUUAUGUAAUAAAACGUUUAUUACACAAUCUGUUAUUUUUUAUUUAGGGUUAUUUGUGACUCAAUACGAUUAGUUGUUUGUAUCAAAUAAAGAACUUUUGAAAAUUUA